AUGGCUGAUGGGGGCGUCAUAGAAGGGGGCAGUGUGCGAGACUGCGACGACCGGGUUAUCGGACUUGAAUCAACACGACUAACCACAAGGGGUUGGCAUGACAACGUUGGCUUCGCACUGUUUCGGGGCGAAAAACUCCUCUCAUUACGCUCGAGUGAACUCGUGAAUCAGGACGCGGAUCCAAACGGAGUUUCACCGAGUCUGUCUCCUCAAAGGACAAAUCGAUCCGACAGACGAUUGGUAAUCCCUUGCCUAGGCAAAAGAGCAACAUUUCGCAAUUCACCGCUGACUGAUCGUUCAUACGCCCUCUCCCCAACCUUCAACCUUGUUUUACUGAACUGGUGUGUUUGCCGAGCGGUCAAAUGA